CCUUUCUUAUUUUUCCAUUUAUUGGUAGUUUUUUUGGAAUUUGGUGUUCAAAUUAUAUGAGGAAAAGUUUUAUUUAAUGUACCAAAAUUAUUCUCUUGUACGUCCCAACUAUAUAAAUCUCUUUUUUUCUAUAAUUUGAUUCUUAAUUUUGCAACAACAACCUUCAUACUUGAAUUAUUUUGCUUAAAAUCAAGUAAUCAUGGUUUCAGCGGGAGCAAUUCGUUUUGCUGCUGGAAUUAUCGGAAAUAUAACAGCUUUGGUCUUGUUUUUAUCUCCGGUGCCGACGUUCAUCGGAAUAUGCAAGAAGAAGACAGUGGAGCAAUACUCACCAAUUCCAUACUUAGCCACAUUCGUGAAUUGCAUGCUUUGGGUUGUAUAUGGCAUGCCAUUCAUCCAUCCACAUAGCAUUUUGGUGGUGACAAUAAAUGGGGCAGGAUUCUUCAUUGAACUACUUUACUUAAUACUCUUUGUGAUUUACUCUGACAAGAAAAAGAGGAUCAAAAUUGUAUUAAUUGCAAUUGGUGAAAUUAUAGUUGUUGGAAUUAUGACUGCCUUGGUCCUCACUUUUGCUCAUACCACCAAACGUAGAUCUUCCAUUGUUGGUGUUAUUGGUGUCAUUUGCAACAUCCUCAUGUAUGCUUCUCCAUUGUCCGUUAUGAAAUUGGUAAUAACAACAAAAAGCGUGGAGUACAUGCCCUUCACCUUGUCACUGGCUGCCUUUGCUAAUGGCAUUGCAUGGACAAUCUAUGCCUUGUUUCCCUUGGAUCCUUACAUUGCCGCACCAAAUGGUUUGGGAUCAUUGUUUGCAUUGGUCCAAUUAAUAUUAUAUGCAACAUAUUACAAGUCCACCAAGGAACAACUUGCAGCAAGAAAAGCCAAAUCUGCAAUGGGCUUAUCAGAAGUUUACAAUGGGAACUCUGAAAAAUUGGGCCAAAACGGUCGGGCUCAGAUUCCAUGAAGCCCAAAUCCACUUAGCUGAUUAUUGACCUUGCUAGAAUAACAAUCUACAACGGCUUGAUCAAUCAUGGAUUUCUCAUUCCCAUUUAGUGUUUGCACUUUAAUUUGUUGUUUAUUCUUUUUUUUUUUUAAUAAAAAUGGUGCCCAUCUUAAACUACUUUAACUUAGGUAAUAUGUAGAAUGAAGAAGGUUUGAAAAUUUUAGCAGUUGACUCGUAUAAGUCACGAGAUUUUUUCAUGUUGAAUAAUGUAUUACCCAUAUUUUGCUUUUAAAAAAUAAGAGUACUGUAAGAGAAUCCCAUUUUUAACGCAAAAAAAUUAAAAACACAACUUAUUAU